AUGGCCCGGCGCCCCCCUUCGCUGCUCCUCCUCCUCCUCCUCCUCCUCCCUCCGCUGCUGCAGAGCCGGAGCUGCUCCCCCUGCUUCUGGUUCGCCACGCCGGACACGGUGCAGUGCCGCUUCGUGCAGCUGCAAGAGCCGCCGGCGGAGCUGCCGUCCGCGGUGCGCAACCUGACCGUGGUCGGGGCCAACCUGACGGUGCUGAGACGGGCGGCCUUCGCAGGGGGCUGGGCACCGCGGGCUUCUUCGCCUCGCCGGCCGCUGCUCCACUUAACGUUGCUGGCGUUGCUCCGGAGCCGCAUCGAAGCGCUGGAGGAGGCGGCCUUCGCCGGGCUGCCGUCCCUGGCCGCGCUGGAUUUAAGCCACAACCCGCUGCGCUGCGUCUCGCCCGGCGCGUUUCUCUUCUGCGCCCGCUUGCACCGGCUGAGCCUCAACGGGGCGCUGACGGAGGGACGGACGGCCGAGGAGGUGCUGGGCUCGGCUCUGGCCAACCUCACCCUUGCGCGGCUGGAGCUGGCCGGGAACGGCUUGCGCGCUCUGCCCCCCGGGUGGGCGCUGCCGGCGGCGUUGCAAGAGCUGGACGCGCGCAACAACUCGCUGCAGGCGCCGCGGCCCGACGGGAUGGGCGCGCCUCUGCUGCGCUUGCAGCUGGCGGGGAAUCCUCUGACUUGCGACUGCUCCGCUCUGCGACCGCUGCUGCUCUGGCUGGGCAACGCCACGUGGCGGGCGCCGGAUCGGCGGGAGCUGCGCUGCGCGGCCCCGCCGCAACUGCGGGACGCGCUGGUGCUGCGCCUGAGGCCGCGCCAGCUCAAGUGCCUGGAGGAAGGGGCGGCUUGGGGGCUGCUGGAGCCCGUCGGCGGGCCGGAGCCGAAAGAGCUGGAGACCGUUUCCUACGUCUUCCUGGGCAUCGUCCUGGCACUCAUCGGGCUGGUUUUCCUGAUGGUACUCUACCUGAACCGACGGGGCAUUAAGCGGUGGCUGAACAAUCUGCGGGAGGCCUGCCGCGAUCAGAUGGAGGGGUACCAAUACCGCUACGAACAGGACAGCGACCCCCGGCGGGCCAGCCCGGGUGGUCUCUGAAACCGGGCAAGGAUGGGGCAGGUGGAGGACAACUGGUGACCCCCUGCCUCCUGCGCUUGUCAGACUGGUUGGAUGGGGGAGGUUGGCACCCCAAACUUUCUCCCUGGGGCAGCUUAUUCUGAUCUCCUGCCCCCUCCCCCCCAAAUGAUUAGACUUAGGAGGGGCUUUAGCCAGCACUGGCUGGAAGAGAGGUUGAGGGGUCGUGGGUUGGAGGAGUUCAAGGCUUGUGAUGCCCUGGUCAAAUGCCCCAUUUCCUGAGAUGCCAACCCGGUGGUGACAUCUGGAAGCUAAGCAGGGUCAGAGCUGGUCAAAGCUUGGAGGGGAGGCUAGAAGAGGGGUGGGAAAUCACCCUGAUCUCUGAAGAAGGGACUAUUGUCUGCAGGAAUGUGGCUGGGGGACUCACUGAACUGAGGCUGUGCCUUAAGCCUGUCUAGAAAACUAGCAUAAAUGUUAACCGCAGCUAAUCUGGGGAGUCUAAACAAUGUUAAGAUUUCCAAGGAGACGAAUUUAAUCUCACAGGAACACUUAAAGGCACCGUUGUUGAUUCAGCCCUAUGAAUGCUCCACUCUUGAACUCAGAACUCUAGAUUCUACUGAAGUUCCUCGCUUUUCACUUUACGGCGGACGGUUCUGCGAAUUCCUCCACCGCAGUCUGACGCAGAUUUUCCUGGAAAGCGAGCUUUUGUGCAAUCCUGGGGCUGCCUUGUUCCCCUGAGAGCCCAUCUCCUCCAGCCCAGGCUGCACCCCCCCCCCAAACUUUUGAAACUUUGUACUUUGGGCUAAAGCCUGUCCCCCUUUAACACUCAGGGGGUGACGGAUACCCAGAAAAUGCCACAAACUGAACAAACGUUUUCUGCCAACGUAGCUGAUGAUAAUUCCUUGCAAUAAUUUAGAUAUGGGUGGAGGGUAUGAUGGUUGAUUUCCCCAAAGGGAUUUGGGGGAUUUGAUUCCUGUGAAUGAAGGAAUUCCAGAGUCCUGAUAUGGGUUUGCCAGUUAAACAAAUGGGGGGUCAGGAAUCAUGAGAAAGGGGCUUCCACUGUCUUCCUCUCUGCAUUGGAGGAUUGCCUCCCCUUAGAAAAAAUAUUAUCAAAGAAAAAAAUAUGGGAUUUUUUCCCCUCCCAUCUGUGGGUCUCUUCCCCCCCCCCAAAUUCAAAUGGGUCUGUGCCAGCACCCUAUGGAAAAGGGGAGGGUGCCCCCAUCUUCUUCUGCCCUUAGUCAGCCCAACCCUCCCCCCCCCUUUCCCCAGCAGCAUGGGUUCUGGAGUCAGUAACUUUCUGCCGGACCAUUAACUUUGAAUUAUUUCAGACCCGAUUCCUUCCCGCAGACUUUUUGAGCUUCAGGGAAUGUUGCAGUAGAACAGAAAAAUCCUUUUUAAAAUAAAAAAAAAAACCUUUUUUGGUGUGUUUCAGGUUUUAGAAACACACACAUGAACAGUUGCCAUAAUCCCUAAAGGGGAGAAUAUCUGGAAGCAAAGCCUGGUAGAUUUCUUCAGAGUAGAUCCAU